GGGAUGCACAGCCUGACGUUGUUCAUAUCAACAAUUCUCGUUCUUGAAGUAGCAUCCCUACCUUGGGGAGACUUAGUUGGCAAAUAUAGAGAUGGCGAUAGCGGUGUUACAAAUCCUGAGCGACAUACUGAUGGCGUGGGUGAUGCUAAUGGUGAUAGUGGAGAAGUGAAAACUACUGGUAACAUUGAGAGGCCUGAUGGUGCAAACCCCCUGCCGUAUAGAGGUGGCGGUGGUGGGGAUGGUGAUGCUGACGACAGUGGAGAAGUACAAGAUAACGGUAACAUUUACAGGCAAGGUGAUUCAAAUCCCGUGCCGUAUACAGGUGGUGGUGGUGGAGAUAGCGAUGACAGCGGAGAAGUACAAGCUUCCGAUAACACUUACAGGGCAGGUGAUGCAAAUCCCGUGCCGUAUACUGGUGGCGGUGGUGGAGAUAGUGAUGACAGCAGAGAAGUACAAGCUACCGGUAACACUUACAGGGCAGGUGGUACACAUCCCCGGCCUUAUAAAGUUGGCGGUGAUGACAGUGGAGAAGUACAAACUACUGGUAACAAAUACAGAAGGCCAGGUGGUACAAAUCCUCAGUUAUAUAGAGGUGGCAGUAGUGAUGGGGAUGAUGAUGACAGUGGAGAAGCACAAACUAAUGGUUACAUGGAGAGGCCAGGUGGUAAAAAUGUCAGGCCGUAUAGAGGUGGCGUUAAUGGCAAUAAUGAUGACAGUGGAGAACAAACUACUAGUUACAUUGACAGACCAGAUAUUUCAACAAGAACCGAUUUUCCUGCUAAUGCAGAAAAAAAUCUGCACUUAGGAGCACGUCCGGGUGAUAGAAACGCUGACAGUCCAAAUAACAAAACUGACAAAACCAGCGUAAAUCCAAAUUCUGAAAACGGAUGGAAUACUCCGAGAAGGACAGACAGUUAUCCAAAUGCCAAUAAUCCUGUUUCCCCCAUUGCUACUGGUAAUAACAAUGGUGGCGAACCAGUAACAUCUCCUGGCAACACUAAUGGAAAUACUAGCUCCAAUAGCGAUAGUAGUAGCAGAAUUGUACCUUACCCAAUAAACCCCAAUCAAGGAACUCGCACUGGGUGGCAUCUCGAAAGGGACAGCACUAUUACCGGUGGUUUUCCACGAACUGGCUCAAAUUGGUAUCCGCAGCAAGUAGAACCUACCACUGGUACAUUUGCAGGCACUGAUACUAGUAGGUAUCCACAACAAAAUAUACCUAACACCGGUGUUUAUCCAAAUGGAUAUCCCCAAACAGGAUCACAUAUUUUUGGUUCUACAGAUACAAAUCCCUAUAGAAGUGCGCCUAACAAUGGCGAGUAUUCUGGAAGUAGAAUUGGUUGGUAUCCUCAACAAAGAGGAACACCUAACACUAGAAUUGUUCAAGGUGGCACAGGGAGAUACAAUGAAGGCGGUAUCGGAAGGCCCACUGGUGGGUAUGCUGAUCAAAACGGACCUACCAAUAGUGCUUAUCCAGAGGGUGACACAAACAGAUAUCCCGAACAAAGAGGACCUAACAAUGGUGCAAAUAAAGAUGGAAGAACCGAUACAUAUACAGGCAGAAGUAAUACUCACAGAUGUCCAGAUAGUGCUCAAACAGGCAUUGGAAACAGCCACUACCCAAGAAGUGACACAGGAUUUCGAACCUACUCAGGUACUAGAGCAGGAACAAAUCCAGCAGGAAGUCCUGCUAGAGGAUUUCAUACCGAGAGUGAUACAACUGAAACCUCUCUUGGUCGUAACCCAGAUAGAAAUACUGAAACUGGAACUAAUCUAGACAGUGGUGGUCGGGACACAAGCGUCUAUCCAUAUAGUACAGGAAACACUGCUUAUUCAGAUAGUAGUAAUUAUCCAGUGAGUGACACAGAAGCUGGAGGAUAUCCUCAGCGUGACACUAUAACUCAGGCCUACUCCGACCGUGGUAUGAGAACCAAAGACUAUUCAAAUUAUGGUCCACAAACACCGAGAGACUAUCCAAACAGCGCUGUAAACAAUGGAGAAUAUCCAGUCAGUGGUACAUACCCUGCCAGUGGAACUCGAACAUAUCACGGGAGUGGUACUGGCAUGGAAGUACAUCCAGGUACUGCAGAAUACCCUGGUAGUGGAACAACCCCAAGAACCAACCCAGGCAGUGGUACUAGGACAGGGGUAAGUCCUAAAAGCAGUAGUCCUGGAACAGGAAGAAGUACCGGAGCAUACCCAGGUAGCGGUAGAAAUCCAAGAAUAAAGCCAAACAGUGAAACCGGAAGCUACCACGGUGGUGAUACUAGAACAUGGAGUGACCCUAGAACUGCCCUUUAUCCAGCUCCUGGUACGGGUACUGUCUCAUAUCCUGGGUCCGAGGCCAAUCCCGCCAGAGGUACUGGAACUGGGACAAAUUCAAAUAGUUGUACUUGUGCCCAAACACAUCCAGAUAGUAGUACAAGAGCAACGGUAAAUCCAGAGAACAGGAGUGGAACAAAAAGUAAUCCAGAGAGUAAUACUGAAACCAGUACUUAUCCAGACAAUGAUGCUAGUACGAAAAGCUAUCCUGGUCAUGGUACUAGUACUCAAGAGUAUCCCGAAAGCGGCAUUGAACCUGUUGUAUAUUCAGGUCGUCAUUCAGGUAAUGGAGCAUAUAAAAAAAUCAGCGGCUAUCCACAUAGUCGUAUAGGAACCGCAGCCUAUCCUAAUUAUGGUACUGGAACAGCUACAGUCUAUCCAGGAAGACGUACACUAUCUCAACCCUUCCCUAUCGGCGGUGGUAUUGGUGCGGGCGUCCAUCAGGAUCUUGGUACUAGUACUGAAGCAUAUCCAGAGAAAAGCACAGGAGCAAUUAAUUCAGGGAGCAGAACUGGAACUGGAACAUACCCCAACAUGGAUAGAGGGACUACACAUUAUCCGGAGAGUGGCAUUAAAACUGAAGUUUACUCAGACCGUGGUACAGGGACUGGAGUAUAUCCAAGUAGUGGCACUGUAGCUGGUAAUUAUCCAAGCAGCGAUGCCAGUCCUGCAAGCUAUCCAGAACGCAGUAUUGGUAAUAGAACUUAUUCUGAGAGUGGCCAUGGAAUUGGUAUUGGAAACGGAGCAUAUCCCGAUAUUGACAGUGGACCCGCAAUCUAUCCAGAGAGUGGCAUCAGAACAAGAGCAUACCCAGGUAAUGGUCGAGGAACAGGCACUGAUUCUAAAGCUGGGACAUACCCAGACAUUAAUACAAGAACUAACCAAAACAGUGGCACAAAAACUGUGGAAUACCCAGGGCGCAAUGAUGGUACAAGAGUUAAUCACGAAAGUGGUACAGGGCAUGAAGCAUAUCCAAGUAGUGGUACUGGAACUGCAGGUACCCACUCAGGCACCGACACUCGUAUUGGAGGCCAUCCAGAACGUGGUAUUGGUACUAGAGCUUAUCCAGAGAGUGCCACUGAAACUGACGGUAACCAAGGUCGUGCAACAGAUACUGGAUAUCCAGAAAGUGGUACUGCAACCGGAGCCUAUCCCGAAAGUGACAGUAGAACCGAAAAAUAUCCGGACAGUGGUACCGGAACCGGGGCAUAUCCUGGAAGUGGUAGAGUAAGAGGAACCGAUUCUGAAUCUAGGACAUACCCAGACAUCAAUGGAAGAACUAACCAAAAUAGUGGCACAAGAACUGGAGCCUACCCAGGCCGGGAUACUAGUACAGUGGCAUAUCCAGGUAGUGGUAGAGAAACAGGAACUGAUUAUAAAUCGGGUACAUACCCAGACAUCAAUACAAGAACGAAUGAAAACGGUGGCACUAUAACUGGAGCCUACCCAGACCGGGAUACUGGUACAAAAGUCAAUCCCAAUAGUGGUACAGGGUUUGACGCAUAUCCAAGUAGUCGUACUGGAACUGGUACCUAUCCAGACAGCGAUACCACUGCUGGAGGCUAUCCAGAACAUACCGUUGGUACUAGAACUUAUCCAGAGAGUGGAACUGGAACAGCUGGUAACUCUGGUCGUGGUACUGAUACCGGAAUAUAUCCAGAGAGUGGUACUGGAACCGCAGCCUAUCCUGAUAGUGAUACUGGAACCGGCACCUAUCCCGAUAGUGGCACAAGAACGGGGGUAUAUCCAGAUAGUGGAAAAGAAACAGGAACUGAUUCUGAAACUGGGACAUACCCAAACAUCAAUGCAAGAACUAACAAAAAUAGUGGCACUAGAACUGGGGCCUACCAAGGCCGAAAUAGUGGUACAGGGUAUGGCGCAUAUCCAAGUAGUGGUACUAGAACUGGUACCUAUCCAAGCAGCGAUACUAGUGCUACAGGAUAUCCAGAACGUGCUGUUGGUACUAGAAAUUAUCCAGAGAGUGGUACUGGAACAGCUGGUUACCAUGGUCGUGGUACUGAUACCGGAAUAUAUCCAGAGAGUGGUACUGGAACCGCAGCCUAUCCUGAUAGUGAUACUGGAACCGGGACCUAUCCCGAUAGUGGCACACGAACGGGGGCAUAUCCAGAUAGUAGAAAAGAAACAGGAACCGAUUAUGAAACUGGGACAUACCCACACAUCAAUGCAAGAACUAACCAGAAUAGUGGCACUAUAACUGGGGCCUACCCUGACCGGGAUACUGGUACAAAAGUCAAUCCCAAUAGUGGUACUGGGUACGGCACAUAUCCAAGUAGUGGUACUGGAACUGGUACCUAUCCAGGCAGUGAUACUAGUGCUGGAGGCUAUCCAGAAAGUGGUAUUAGUACAAGAACUUAUCCAGAGAGUGGUAAUAAAAGAGCUGGUUACCCUGGUCGUGGUACUGGUACCGAAAUAUAUCCAGAGACUGGUACUGGAACCGGAGCCUAUCCAGAAAGUGGCACAAGAACAGGGGCAUAUCCAAGUAGUGGAAAAGAAACAGGAACCGAUUCUGAAACUGGGACAUACCCAGACAUCAAUGCAAGAACUAACCAAAAUAGUGGAACUAUAACUGGGGCCUACCCUGACCGGGAUACUGGUACAAAAGUCAAUCCCAAUAGUGGUACAGGGUUUGACGCAUAUCCAAGUAGUGGUACUAGAACUGGAACCUAUCCAGGCAGCGAUACUAGUGCUACAGGAUAUCCAGAAAGUGCUGUUGGUACUAGACCCUAUCCAGUGAGUGGUACUGGAACAGCUGGUUACCCUGGUCGUGGUAUUAAUACCGGAAUAUAUCCAGAAAGUGGUACUGGAACCGGAGCCUAUCCAGAUAGUGAUAGUGAAACCGGAACCUAUCCAGACAGAGGCACAAGAAAAGGUAGUGGAAAAGGAACAGGAACCGAUUCUGAAACUGAAACAUACCCAGACAUCAAUGCAAGAACUAACCAAAAUAGUGGCACUAGAACUGGGGCCUACCCAGGUCGGAAUACUGGUACAAUAGUAAAUCCCAACAGUGGUUCAGGGUAUGGCACAUAUCCAAUUAGUGGCCGCGAUACUAGUGCUGGAGUCUAUCCAGAAAGUGCUAUUGGUACUAGAACUUAUCCGGAGACUGGUACUGGACAAGCUGUUUACCCUGGUCGUGGUACUGAUACCGGAAUAUAUCCAGAGAGUGGUACUAGAACCGGAGCCUAUCCAGAUAGUGAUAGUGGAACAGGAACCUAUCCAGAUAGUGGCACAAGAACUGGGUCAUAUCCAGGUAGUGGAAAAGAAACAGGAACCGAUUCUGUAACUGGGACAUACCCAGACACCAAUGCAAGAACUAACCAAAAUAGUGGCACUAGAACUGGGGCCUACCCAGACCGGGAUACUGGUACAAAAGUCAAUCCCAAUAGUGGUACAGGUUUUAGCGCAUAUCCAAGUAGUGGUACUGGAACUGGUACCUAUCCAGGCAGCGAUACUACUGCUGGAGGCUAUCCAGAACGUACUGUUGGUACUAGAACUUAUCCAGAGAGUGGUACUGGAACAACUGGUUACCCUGGUCGUGGUACUGAUACCGGAAUAUAUCCAGAGAGUGGUACUGGAACCGGAGCCUAUCCAGAUAGUGAUAGUGGAACCGGAACCUAUCCAGAUAGUGGCACAAGUACAGGGCCAUAUCCAGGUAGUGGAAAAGAAACAGGAACCGAUUCUGAAACCGGGACAUACCCAGACAUCAAUGCAAGAACUAACCAAAAUAGUGGGACUAUAACUGGGGCCUACCCAGGCCGGCAUACUGGUACAAUAGUCAAUCCCAACAGUGGUACAGGGUAUGGCGCAUAUCCAAAUAGUGGUACUGGAACUAGGGCCUACCCAGGCCGGCAUACUGGUACAAUAUUGAAUCCAAACAGUGGUACAAGGUAUGGCGCAUAUCCAAGUAGUGGUGCUGGAAUUGGUACCUCUCCAGGCAGCGAUACUAAUGCUGGAGGCUAUCCAGAAGCUGCUGUUGGUACUAGAACUUAUCCAGAGAGUGGUACUGGAGCAACUGGUUACCCUGGUCGUGGUACUGAUACCGGAAUAUAUCCAGAGAGUGGUACUGGAACCGGAGCCUAUCCAGAUGGUGAUAGUGGAACCGGAACCUAUCCAGGUAGUGGCACAGGAACAAAGGCAUAUCCAGGUAGUGGCAAAGAAACAGGAACCGAUUCUGAAACUGGGACAUACCCAGACAUCAAUGCAAGAACUAACCAGAAUAGUGGCACUACAACUGGGGCCUACCCAGGUCGGCGGAAUACUGGUACAAUAGUCAAUCCCAACAGUGGUACAGGGUAUGGCACAUAUCCAAAUAGUGGUACUGGAACUGGUACUUAUCCAGGCAGCGAUACUAGUGCUGGAGGCUAUCCAGAAAGUGCUAUUGGUACUAGAACUUAUCCAGAGAGUGGUACUGGAACAGCUGGUUACCCUGGUCGUGGUACUGAUACCGGAAUAUAUCCAGAGAGUGGUACUGGAACCGGAGCCUAUCCAGAGAGUGAUAGUGGAACAGGAGCCUAUCCAGAUAGUGGCACAAGAACAGGGGCAUAUCCAGGUAGUGGAAAAGAAACAGGAACCGAUUCUGAAACUGGGACAUACCCAGACAUCAAUGCAAGAACUAACCAAAAUAGUGGCACUAGAACUGGGGCCUACCCAGACCAGGAUGCUGGUACAAAAAUCAAUCCCAAUAGUGGUACAGGUUUUAGCGAAUAUCCAAGUAGUGGUAGUGGAACUGGUACUUAUCCAGGCAGUGAUACUACUGCUGGAGGCUAUCCAGAACGUACUGUUGGUACUAGAACUUAUCCAGGGAGUGGUACUGGAACAGCUGGUUACCCUGGUCGUGGUACUGAUACCGGAAUAUAUCCAGAGAGUGGUACUGGAACCAAAGCCUAUCCAGAUAGUGAUAGUGGAACCGGAACUUAUCCAGAUAGUGGCACAAGUAUAGCGCCAUAUCCAGGUAGUGGAAAAGAAACAGGAACCGAUUCUGAAACCGGGACAUAUCCAGACAUCAAUGCAAGAACAAACCAAAAUAGUGGGACUAGAACUGGGGCCUACCCAGGCCGGCAUACUGGUACAAUAGUCAAUCCCAACAGUGGUACAGGGUAUGGCGCAUAUCCAAAUAGUGGUACUGGAACUAGGGCCUACCCAGGCCGAAAUACUGGUACAAUAUUGAAUCCAAACAGUGGUACAGGGUAUGGCGCAUAUCCAAGUAGUGGUGCUGGAACUGGUACCUCUCCAGCCAGCGAUGCUAGUGCUAGAGGCUAUCCAGAACGUGCUGAUGGUACUAGAACUUAUCCAGAGAGUGGUACUGGAGCAGCUGGUUACCCUGGUCGUGGUACUGAUAGCGUAAUAUAUCCAGAGAGUGGUACUGGAACCGGAGCCUAUCCAGAUAGUGAUAGUGGAACCGGAACUUAUCCAGAUAGUGACACAAGAACAAGGGCAUAUCCAGGUAGUGGCAAAGAAACAGGAACCGAUUCUGAAACUGGGACAUACCCAGAUAUCAAUGCAAGAACUAACAAAAAUACUGGCACUAGAACUGGGGCCUACCCAGGUCGGAAUACUGGUACAAUAGUCAAUCCCAACAGUGGUACAGGGUAUGGCGCAUAUCCAAAUAGUGGUACUGGAACUGGUACCUAUCCUGGCAGCGAUACUACUGCUGGAGGCUAUCCAGACAUCAAUGCAAGAACUAACCAAAAUAGUGGCACUAGAACUGGGGCCUACCCAGGUCGGAAGACUGGUACAAUAGUCAAUCCCAACAGUGGUACAGGGUAUGGCGCAUAUCCAAAUAGUGGUACUGGAACUGGUACCUAUCCAGGCAGCGAUACUAGUGCUGGAGGCUAUCCAGAAAGUGCUAUUGGUACUAGAACUUAUCCAGAGAGUAGUACUGGACCAGUUGGUUACCCUGGUCGUGGUACUGAUACCGGAAUAUAUCCAGAGAGUGGUACUGGAACCAGAGCCUAUCCAGAUAGUGAUAGUGGAACCGGAACCUUUCCAGAUAGUGACACAAGAACAGGGGCAUAUCCAGGUAGUGGCAAAGAAACAGGAACUGAUUCUGAAACUGGGACAUACCCAGACAUCAAUGCAAGAACUAACCAAAAUAGUGGCACUAAAACUGGGGCCUACCCAGACCGGGAUACUGGUACAAAAUUUAAUCCCGAUAGUGGUACAGGUUUUAGCGCAUAUCCAAGUAGUGGUACUGGAACUGGUACCUAUCCAGGCAGCGAUACUACUGCUGGAGGCUAUCCAGAACGUACUGUUGGUACUAGAACUUAUCCAGAGAGUGGUACUGAAGCAGCUGGUUACCCUGGUCGUGGUACUGAUACCGGAAUAUAUCCAGAGAGUGGUACUGGAACCGGAGCCUAUCCAGAUAGUGAUAGUGGAACCGGAACCUAUCCAGAUAGUGACACAAGAACAGGGGCAUAUCCAGGAAGUGGCAAAGAAACAGGAACCGAUUCUGAAACUGGGACAUACCCAGACAUCAAUGCAAGAACAAACCAAAAUAGUGGCACUAGAACUGGGGCCUACCCAGGUCGGAAGACUGGUACAAUAGUCAAUCCCAACAGUGGUACAGGGUAUGGCGCAUAUCCAAAUAGUGGUACUAGAACUGGUGCCUAUCCAGGCAGCGAUACUACUGCUGGAGGCUAUCCAGAAAGUGCUAUUGGUACUAGAACUUAUCCAGAGAGUGGUACUGGACCAGUUGGUUACCCUGGUCGUGGUACUGAUACCGGAAUAUAUCCAGAGAGUGGUACUGGAACCGGAGGCUCUCCAGAUAGUGAUAGUGGAACCGGAACCUAUCCAGAUAGUGACACAAGAACAGGGGCAUAUCCAGAUAGUGGCAAAGAAACAAGAACUGAUUCUGAAACUGGGACAUACCCAGACAUCAAUGCAAGAACUAACAAAAAUACUGGCACUAGAACUGGGGCCUACCCAGGUCGGAAUACUGGUACAAUAGUCAAUCCCAACAGUGGUACAGGGUAUGGCGCAUAUCCAAAUAGUGGUACUGGAACUGGUACCUAUCCAGGCAGCGAUACUAGUGCUGGAGGCUAUCCAGAAAGUACUAUUGGUACUGGAGCUUAUCCGGAGAGUGGUACUGGAGCAGCUGGUUACCCUGGUCGUAGUACUGAUACCGGAAUAUAUCCAGAGAGUGGUACUAGAACCGGAGCCUAUCCAGAUAGUGAUAGUGGAACCGGAACUUAUCCAGAUAGUGACACAAGAACAGGGGCAUAUCCAGGUAGUGGCAAAGAAACAGGAACUGAUUCUGAAACUGGGACAUACCCAGACAUCAAUGCAAGAACUAACCAAAAUAGUGGCACUAAAACUGGAGCCUACCCAGACCGGAAUACUGGUACACAAUUCAAUCCCAAUAGUGGUACAGGUUUUAGCGCAUAUCCAAGUAGUGGUACUGGAACUGGUACCUAUCCAGGCAGCGAUACUACUGCUGGAGGCUAUCCAGAACGUACUGUUGGUACUAGAACUUAUCCAGAGAGUGGUACUGGAGCAGCUGGUUACCCUGGUCGUGGUACUGAUACCGGAAUAUAUCCAGUGAGUGGUACUGGAACCGGAGCCUAUCCAGAUAGUGAUAGUGGAACCGGAACCUAUCCAGAUAGUGACACAAGAACAGGGGCAUAUCCAGGUAGUGGCAAAGAAACAGGAACCGAUUCUGAAACUGGGACAUACCCAGACAUCAAUGCAAGAACUAACCAAAAUAGUGGCACUAGAACUGGGGCCUACCCAAGUCGGAAGACUGGUACAAUAGUCAAUCCCAACAGUGGUACAGGGUAUAGCGCAUAUCCAAAUAGUGGUACUGAAACUGGUACCUAUCCAGGAAGCGAUACUAGUGCUGGAGGCUAUCCAGAAAGUGCUAUUGGUACUAGAGCUUAUCCAGAGAGUGGUACUGGACCAGUUGGUUACCCUGGUCGUGGUACUGAUACCGGAAUAUAUCCAGAGAGUGGUACUGGAACCGGAGGCUCUCCAGAUAGUGAUAGUGGAACCGGAACUUAUCCAGAUAGUGACACAAGAACAGGGGCAUAUCCAGGUAGUGGCAAAGAAACAGGAACUGAUUCUGAAACUGGGACAUACCCAGACAUCAAUGCAAGAACUAACAAAAAUACUGGCACUAGAACUGGGGCCUACCCAGGUCGGAAUACUGGUACAAUAGUCAAUCCCAACAGUGGUACAGGGUAUGGCGCAUAUCCAAAUAGUGGUACUGGAACUGGUACCUAUCCAGGCAGUGAUACUACUGCUGGAGGCUAUCCAGAACGUACUGUUG